AUGCAAUUGACGUUCAACCCCCCCGAAGAAGUCGUUCAGAACGCAGCACGCGGGCACAUCGCUUCAACUGAACAAACCGUCAUUAGAACAGCGGAUGGCCGGCCAGUGUGGGACCUUCGCGAGUACGAUUUCCUGCGAUCAGACGAAUGCCCGAGUACGGUGGCACCGAUGCUAUGGCGUCAGGCUCAACUGUGUCUCCCUCAUGGACUUUUCCUGGUCAGCGAAGGAAUCUAUCAGAUUCGAGGACUGGACGCGUCAAAUAUGACGAUCGUCGAGGGUGAUCAGGGGAUCAUUGUAAUCGAUGCUCUCAUGUCCAUAGAGACAGCCGCUGAGGGCAUGCAACUGUACCGUCGUCAUCGAGGUAAUCGCGAAGUUACGGCGAUUAUAUACACUCAUCCACACGGGGAUCAUUACGGAGGGGCGCGUGGGGUACUUCCCGAGGAGAAACCAAUGGUUCCGAUAUAUGCACCAAAGGAUUUUAUGUUCCAUGCGGUCAGCGAAAAUGUGAUCGCCGGUCCACCGAUGGGUCGAAGAUCCGGUUUCCAAUUUGGUGGCCGCCUGGAGAUAGGCCCGAAGGGACAUGUGGCGUGUGGUACUUGUCUUGGUACUUCCAAAGGGUCAAGGGAGUUGAUCCCACCGAAUAAGGAUAUCAUAAAAACCGGCCAGGAGGAAGUGAUUGAUGGUGUCCGAUUCCUCUUCCAAAUGACGCCUGGCACUGAAGCGCCUGCCGAGAUGAACUUCCUUAUUCCAGACCGACGCGCGCUGUGCAUCUCUGAAAACGCCAGUCAAAGUCUACACAAUAUCACUGCCCUGCGCGGGUCACAGGUUCGAGAUGCGCAGGCAUGGAGUGAAUAUCUGGACGAAGCCAUCGUGCUCUUCACUGAAGAUGUGGAAGUCUGUUUUGGUGGUCAUAACUGGCCAACUUGGGGCAAAGAAAGUGUUGUUCGCUUUCUGUCCGAGCAGCGUGAUCUAUACGCCUACCUCCACAAUCAAACGGUUCUCAUGAUGAGCCAGGGCCUUACGGGCACUGAAAUUGCCGAGGAGUUGACCCUUCCCGAAGGCCUACAAACGGCCUGGCAUGCUCAGAGUUUCUAUGGCUCCCUCAACCAGAAUGUGAAGAGUAUCUAUCAGCGUUACAUGGGGUGGUACGAUGGAAAUCCCGCUCACUUGUGGGAAUAUCCGCCAGUUCAACUAGCAGAGCGAUACGUCGCUUGUAUGGGAGGCAUAGAUGAAACAGUUCGCAAGGCAUCAGAGUUUGUUGAUCGAGGCGACCUCAGGUUCGCCGUAGCCUUGCUCAACCACGCUGUCUUCUCCCAGCCAGCACAUACCGAAGCGAAGGAACGGUUGGCCUGUGUAUAUGAGCAGCUAGCUUGGUGCUCUAUGUGUGCUCCGUGGAGGGAUAGCUACCUGGUUGCUGCUCUUGAGCUACGCAAGGGUUCUCCCAAGGCGGCUCCGGCGCAAAUCAGCGGCGGUGUUCUAGUUGCUGCGAAUGUCGACCAGAUCCUUUCAUCGCUUGCAGUGCGGAUAGAUGGUCUGCGCGCACAGCAUGAAACUAUAGCAGUAGAUUUGGACAUCACUGACAGCAACGAGAAUUACCGGAUAUUCUUAAGCAAUGGCGCCCUAAUCCGCCGAAAGAACAGCCCAGCAAACCGAAGAGAUGGCACCGCGGCUUGCUCCCUCACCAAGGGCCAAUUGUUGACGACUCUUAGUACAGGCCGUUUGCCUCAGGAGGUCGAAAGGAUGGAAGAGGACGGUAUUGAGAAACUGCGACUGAUCGUCUCGUUUAUAAGGCUUCCGGUCGCUGGAUUCAAUAUUGUAACACCGUGA